AUGCCGGGUGGGAAGCCGGCGGGUUCAUCUGAUUCCCAGUGCGAGACACGGGGAGUGGGAGGAGGCGGCGGCGGCGAGGGGGCAGAGAACGGGCCCUCCUGGCACGUGACGCCUAGGCCGCCUCUGAGGAAACUCGCCUCUCAAAAUGGCGGCGGCGGCGGCGGCGGCAGCAACAACAGAGGCCUUCUGUUCCGUACUUCGACCCCCUACGACCACGGCAGGAGCCACCGCGGGCGGCGGCGGGAAGUGAGGUUUUCUGAAGAAGUGCUCGAGCACUCGGCUGACGGGAGCACGCCGCGGCUGCACACGGUUGCGACGCCGGUCAGAGGAAGGUGGAGGAAAAUGAGGGAGGAGGAGGAGGAGGACGCGACGGCGAAGGAAGUGAAUGAGGAAGCGCCCCGAGCAGCGCCAUACAGGCUGCGCUCUGCCCAGCGCAAGCCCUCCGCGCCUUUCAGGAUGAAGGAGACGGCAGAGGAGCGGCAGCAGUCUCAGGAGGAGUCGGAUGGCUCCUCGGAAGAAGACCUUUCUUCAACCAAAGCUAGAAGCAGAGCAUCCAACAAAAACUCAAAUUUCCAAACAAGAACAGGGAAUAUAAACAUCUUUGGAAUUGAUGAUCUCAAGCUUGUUCGGCCAGCUCUUAGAAGUAAUCCAAGCACAGGAUUUCCUUAUGACCAAGCCAGAGACUCUACAAUAAAAAAAUCAGACGAUGAAGCAACAGUAGAAGAAAGUGAAAGCAAACCUGGAAUUGGAAAUACUGCUACUUUUCAGACAACUAGGAGGUACCAGUUAAAGAAAGAUUCACAAUAUUUUGAUCAAAAGCCGCAAGGAUCUGAACAGAAAGAAACUAUAAGGUUAAGAACACAAAACCAUAUACCGAAGAAGCAACCACCGGCUGCUCCCAAAAGUUCUACACAGUCUGAUGGUGGGCACUCAUUUAUAAGAAUUCUGAUAUUUGUAGUAGCUUGCAUUGCAGCUGGUGGAUGGUACGUGUUUCAUUCAUCAUCCCGUACUUUGGAAAUUGAUGAUAAAGCCCUGAAAUCAUUUCAGAACCAGAUGAAAAAACUCAUGAACAGCUACCCAAGUCAAGAUGAAAGGCUGUGGACGAGAAUACAAACCACCUUUGAGAAACGUCUCAACUCUUCUCAACCUCAUUUGGAGCCGGCCAUCUUAUUGCUCACUGCUGCAAAAGAAGCUGAAGAUGCCCUGAAGUGCUUGAGCAACAAUAUUGCUGAUGCCUUCUCAUCCUCUCAGAGUGCAGCUAUGUUAAAAAUUGAUGGGGCUGGCAAGGCUGCUCUGGACAGUGAUCUUGCCAAACUCAUUGUUGAUGAAGAGUUGAGCUCUGGGUUCAAUGGAGGCAAGAAGGCAGCGGUAGUGCAUCGAUUUGAGUUGCUUCCUGCAGGUUCCACCUUGAUUUUUUACAAAUACUGUGACCAUGAAAAUGCAGCGUUUAAGGAUGUAGCGCUACUCUUAACUGUCCUCCUAGAUGAGGAAUCGCUACAAAAGAGACUUAGCCUGUUGAAAGUUGAGGAAAAAGUGAGAGAUUUACUCUGGGCUAAGUUUACCAACUCAAACAUGCCGAGUUCCUACAACCACAUGGAUACAGACAAACUGAGUGGGCUGUGGAGCCGUAUAUCCCAUCUGGUGUUGCCAGUGCAGCCUGAAUAUAUCCCCGCUGAAGAGAAGUGCUUGCAGGUGAAAUAACUUUUUAAAAAAAGAGCAAAGAGGGAAAUAAUAGUACAUCUAUUAGUGGUUAAAUAGGGUGAGGAUUUCCAGGUUGCGAAUCAACUGCUUUUGUAAGUGUGUGAUUCAAAAGUCAAAAUAGGCUUUACUUCUUUUCCAAGAAGCUGGGAAUUUGUGUAAAGAACUUGCAGAGUCUGAACAUGGCUCUGGUGAGUUGUCACUCCUGUAAUUCUUAGAGCCGAGGACCCUGUAACUGGGAAAAAGAACUCUUACUUGCUAGAUCAUGAAGUUAGCUUAUAUAACUUCCAUGUCCCUGCCGAGAAAGCUGUGAUUAGGAACAAUGUGGUAAUGAAGUAUAAUGGAAAAUGAGCACAUGGUUCUGUCUUCUUUCUGUACUUGAAGUUUGCUAGAAUAAACUACAAAGUCACAGCUGUGACCAAGACUUCAUAUAUCUAAGAACAAUUCUGUUUUGUUCCAUUUACCAAGAUCUGUGAGCUGAUUAACUCUUCUGUAAUUGCAGACUUUUGCUCUGUGCAUAACCCACCGUCAGGUUUGCUUGUGUUCAAUCAGUCCAUAACUUAGGUAAUCCAGAGUGGCAACCUGUAUCUCACCCCUGCCCCCUUUUUCCUACGAGGUACAUAAUAUGCACUUGUUCAGUUUAUUCUAACUUUGGGACUGCUGCACAGUUCUAAUGCUUCUAAUCCUUUUAAAUUCAGAACAGUAAGGCUCUUCAGUCUAUGUUGGGCCAACACCAAACAGACCAAUACAGGUUUCCUUCAGGGAUGGGAGUUUCAGGUGGAAAAGAUAUCCAACCUCCUGAGGGCACAUACUGCAUUUCUGCACUGCCCAACCAGGAGUGAAGGAAGCCACUUAUCCAGACAAAGCCCUGACACUAUAAAGUUUUAAAACUUUGAUCAAAAGAGGAACAGCAUUGGAUUGGUGUGAUUUAAAGUUAAGAUUGGGUCCUUUCUCAAAAUAAUUAAGUCAUCUGAAAGACUUAGGAAAAUUAAAUUGGAAAGGUUAUUUUGGAUAAGCACAGAUUAAUGGUGAGGAACUUAUUUAUUACAGAGACUAAGACCCAAGUCCUCACGUCUUGUUUGUUUAGGAUGUUUUCCACAAAUAUGCAGCUUUCCAUGUAAAUCAUCAUCUGACAAUUUCUAAAGUGUGUGACAUAAAAAUUUUGAAUGUCUCAUUCCAAACAGUCCUACAGAUUAUAUAUAGCAGGCUGACUAUUUUAAUCUUUUGUGAAAGUGAAUACUUGAACGUGAAUUAUAAUAUGUACACCUCAGAAUGUUGAUAGUAUUUGGCUUUUAUGUCAUUGAGCCACAAGGAUUUUAUUGUGUUUGAGGACCUUGUAAAAGCUGCAUUUUGGAAAUACAUUUUCAGAAUAGUUGCUUCUGCUUUUUUGCUUUUUGAAGACCCUCCUAGAUGACAUUUCCAAGUGUAUCUGCAAUGUGAACCUUAACAGUGGAAAGCUCAGCCUCCUUCAGAAGUACUGGAAAACCUCCUAGUCAUGUUCUGAAGAACUCAUGGGAGGUUUUACAUGUGGUUCAGCUACACAUUCCUUACUGAAAGUCAAAAAUGCAUUACUGAAUUGGCUUUCACAACUUGAAAGUAUUCCUGAACACUGGCAUUUAGAUACUUAAGAUUAAUCUUUUGGGUGUGGAACCAUGGUAAUAGCUAAAACAUAUAAAAAUGUUAGUUUUAUAUACAUGAGAAGGUCUUGCUAUAGAAAACUUCAUUCUUAAUCUCGACAAUGGUCUUACAGGGCAAAUGCUUUUAAUAAAUAUGGUGUACCAUAUGAAAAUGUCCAAGGAGCAGACAACUUGGAAAUAGAUUAAAGCUAUUUUAAUAAACAUUGCUUUAGUUUUAUA